GUCUCUUUAAGGCCCCUGUCUGCUGCUGUCUGGCUUUGUGUGAGAGGAAAAGCACGCCAUCUCUACAGAACAUGCCUUAGUUAUACUGGAGGGAAAAGUUAAAGGAAAUAAGAGGAUAUAUAACGGUUUGCACUAUAACGCAGUUGUACACAAGUUUUAUCCUGACACGAAACUGACCACAUUCUUCUUGUGGUUCCUGUGAGGAUGCAGUCGACCUGGACACACACAGCACUGUUUGUGGCCCUGCUUGUGUUUUUAUCCGGACUUUCCCUUUCUACUGCCUGCAAUAAAGCCUUGUGUGCCAGUGACGUCAGCAAGUGUCUGAUCCAGGAACUGUGCCAGUGCAGGCCAUCAGAUGGAAACUGUUCAUGCUGUAAGGAGUGUAUGCUGUGUCUGGGCACACUGUGGGAGGAGUGCUGUGACUGUGUGGGCAUGUGCAACCCAAGGAACUACAGUGACACACCAGCCACCUCGAAGAGCACGGUGGAGGAUCUGUACAGGCCCAUUCCCUCCCUGUUCAGAGCACUCACCGAGGGGGAAGCCCCCAUCAACAUGAUGGUGGUCUCCUUUCCGGUAGCAGAGGAACUGUCUUACCAUGAAAGCCUGGUCUCCUUCUUGGAGAACAUGGAAGAUCAGCAUCAGAAUGUUUCAUUGCCUGGCAACAGCAUUCAUUCUAGUUAUGAGAACACUCAAGAAAACAUGUGCACAGUCGUGUACUUUGACGACUGCGUUUCGAUUCGUCAGUGUAAGCAGUACUGCGAGUCAAUGGGAGGCUCGAAGUACCGCUGGUUUCACAACGCGUGCUGCGAGUGCAUCGGACCAGAAUGUAUCGACUACGGUAGCAGAGCAGUGAAGUGCAUGAACUGUCUCUUCUGAACCACCAGUCUUUGAGUGUUGCGGAUGCUCAUACUCCUGCCACAAGAGGGCAUAACAACAGGACCAUAGGCUCAGGAGACUCUGACCUGGGUUGGGGAAAGGGGCAACAAUCAUGUAAACUACAAGCCCUUGUGAUUUUGCUCUGUGUAUUCAUCUUUUUAGACUUUUUUAAUAGGUUUCUAGAAAGAAAAAAACCGGAUUUUGUGUUUUUUUUUGUUAUGAAUGUAAAUCAGUGCAUAGGCUGUCGCUCUUCAAAUGGUAUUCAGAUGGCAUUCUCUGCCAAAUUUAAUGCUUUUAUAGUGUAUUAACUGUUACCAACUUUUUAUUCAUGUUUAGUAAUUAAACCUAGUUGUCAAAUA